AUAGGCUUUUGUGUACUGCGCGAGCCGCUGGUCGUGGAGUUCUGUCUUCCGACGUUGUCUUUUCGUGUGCGUGUGUGUGUCGGCGUUUCGUCGCCGCAGCUCGCGAGCCUUCUUCUCCCCCGGCCUCAGAGUCCACGCCAUGGCAGACCCUCGCGUCAGGCAGAUCAAAAUCAAAACGGGCGUAGUGAAGCGCUUGGCAAAAGAAAAGGUUAUGUAUGAAAAAGAAGCAAAACAGCAAGAAGAAAAGAUUGAGAAAAUGAAAGCAGAAGAUGGAGAGAACUAUGCAAUUAAAAAGCAGACUGAGAUCCUGCAAGAAUCUCGAAUGAUGAUUCCAGAUUGCCAACGGAGGUUAGAAGCUGCACAUGCCGAUCUUGCUCAGCUAUUAGAAAAUGAAAAAGAGUUGGAAGAAACUGAAGAAUAUAAAGAUGCAUUCUCAGUACUGGAAUCAGUGAAGUUAGAAGCCUAGAUUGAUUUUUCUCUACUUCAUGUAUGCCUUGGUAUUGGGUCCAUUGCCACUCUUCACUGAUGUCUGGCCAUUGUUGUAUUUAUUCAAGUAGUAUUAAGAACGAUGAUGUGCUAAAACUAUAUUUUAUGAAAUUGGAAAUUAUUUAGUCCUUCUCUUUCUGUUAAGAGUUCUUCGGAAGCAUUUUAUUGAAAGUUGUAAUAUGCAAACUACAAUUAAUAAAGAGAAGCAAAGCAA